AUGAACGCUUACUCGAAUGUCCUUCAGGUGACGUUCCCUGAUGGUGGUUUAGCUGGCUGGGGCAAUGUAAUAGGGUGUUUUGUGCUCGCAUUCUCUUCAUUCGGUCAAGCCAAUAUAUUUGGCGUGUUUCAGACCUACUACUCCACUCAGUUACUGCCCACGUAUUCCGCUUUCGCCCUUAGUUGGAUUGGAAGCACACAGAUCGCAACCAUCUACACGGUGAGCAAUCUGUGUAGCCGAGUGUUCGAUGUCCACGGAGCAAGGACGUUACUUGUCGCCGGCUGCGUAUUGUCAACUUUCUGCUUGAUAAUGACGUCACUAGCAAAGACUUAUGUCGAAGUCCUGCUCGCGCAAGGAAUCGGCUUGGGCAUAGGCAUGGCACUACAAUUUUACCCAAUAGCGACCGUUCCCACUCAUUGGUUUAAUCGUCGAAGAACGAUAGCCAUUGGAAUUGUAUUUAGUGGGUCGAGCUUGGCCGGCGUCGUCUAUUCCAUCAUGCUUCCAAGGUUGUUCGACUCCAUUGGAUUUCCUUGGGCUGUCCGCGUUAUGGCGUUCCUUAAUUUAGGACUCCAGCUACUGGCGAUCCCCCUCGUUAAGGAACGCCUUCCCCGUCAUGGUGGCCUCCCGCUAGUCGACUUCGAUGCUUUGCGUGACGUUACAUUUCUACUGCACUUCGCCAGCGGGUUUCUAGCUUCAUUUGGCAAGUCUCUUACCCUAUACACCCCAUUCUUGUACAUGGAGCCAUUCGCUCUCACCAUAGGCUUGGGCUCCAGUCUAUCCUUCUACACUAUAGCUGUCUUGAAUGCCGCUGGCUUUGCUGGCCGUCUUGUGACAGGAUAUGCCGCUGACAAGGUAACGGCUACUGCUCGAGGCCGUAUACACGUCCCACUGGCAUGA